AUGCGGUAUUUGCAAAGAACUAAAGGACAACUGCUCACGUAUCAGAGAUCAGAUCACUUGGAGGUGAUUGGAUAUUCAGACUCUGAUUUUGUUGGAUGUUUGGAUAGCAGGAGGUCCAUUUCUGGCUAUAUCUUCAUGCUUGCUGGAGUGACUAUAUCUUGGAAGAGCAUCAAACAGACGCUAGUAGUCACUUCUACUAUGGAGACAGAGUUAGUAGCAUGCUACGAAUCAUCCAAUCACGGGAUUUGGCUACAGAACUUCAUCACAACAUUACAGAUUGUUGAUGACAUUGAUAGGCCACUAAGGAUCUACUCUGAUAAUAAAGUCGUAAAACUUUAUGCCAAGAACAAUCGCAGUUCGUCGAAAUCCAAGUACUUCGACAUCAAGUCUCUAGCGGAUCAGUUGAAAAUUGAAAUGUACUGA